CCGGCUCUGCCUCGGGGAAGGAGGGGAUGAGAGUUGGGGAGAGCAGCAGGAGGAGGCGGCGGCGGCGGCGGCGGCGGCUAGCGAGGAGCCAGCGCUGGGUCCUGCAGUAGGACUCCCAGGAGCCACCAUCAUGGUGAAGAGGAAGAGCUCAGAGGGCCAGGAGCAAGACAGCGGCCGCGGCAUCCCCCUACCCAUCCAGACCUUCCUGUGGCGGCAAACCAGUGCAUUUUUGAGGCCUAAACUGGGAAAGCAAUAUGAAGCCUCAUGUGUGUCCUUCGAACGCGUGUUGGUAGAGAACAAGCUGCAUGGCCUUUCUCCAGCCCUCUCUGAAGCCAUCCAGAGCAUUUCCCGAUGGGAGCUGGUGCAAGCUGCCCUGCCCCACGUCCUCCACUGCACUGCAACCCUGCUUUCAAACAGGAACAAGUUAGGCCACCAGGAUAAACUGGGUGUUGCUGAGACAAAGCUCCUUCACACCCUGCACUGGAUGCUUCUAGAUGCCCCCCAGGACUGCAACAGUGAGCGGUUUGGUGGCACAGACCGUGGCUCAAGCUGGGGUGGCAGCAGCAGUGCUUUCAUCCACCAAGUAGAAAACCAGGGUUCCCCAGGGCAGCCCUGCCAAAGCAGCUCCAACGAUGAAGAAGAGAACAACCGCAGAAAGAUCUUCCAGAACUCCAUGGCCACUGUGGAGCUCUUUGUGUUUCUGUUUGCGCCCCUGGUGCACAGGAUCAAGGAAUCUGACCUCACGUUCCGACUGGCCAGCGGGCUUGUUAUAUGGCAGCCCAUGUGGGAGCACAGACAGCCCGAAGUCUCUGGCUUCACAGCACUGGUGAAGCCCAUCAGGAACAUUAUUACAGCAGCUAAGAGAAGCUCUCCUGUCAACAGUCAGAGUCAAACCUGUGAAUCACCAAAUCAAGACAUAAGACAACGAGAGGGACUCCAGGUGGUUUGUGAAACUUUCCAGUCAGAUCCCAUGUCACCCAAGGCCACCAUUUCAGGCUGCCACCGAGGAAACUCCUUCGAUGGAAGUCUGUCCUCCCAGACUUCCCAGGAAAGAGGCCCAUCGCAUUCCAGAGCCUCUCUUGUGAUACCUCCAUGCCAAAGGUCCCGCUAUGCCACCUACUUUGAUGUUGCUGUUCUUCGAUGCCUACUCCAGCCCCAUUGGUCUGAGGAAGGCACUCAGUGGUCUCUGAUGUACUAUCUACAAAGGCUGCGGCACAUGUUGGAAGAGAAGCCUGAAAAGCCUCCAGAGCCAGAUAUUCCCCUCCUGCCCAGACCCAGGAGCAGCUCAAUGGUGGCCGCAGCUCCCUCACUAGUGAACACCCACAAAACCCAAGAUCUCACCAUGAAGUGUAAUGAAGAGGAAAAAUCUCUUAGUCCUGAGGCCUUUUCUAAGGUUUCGUUGACCAAUUUACGUAGGUCUGCAGUCCCAGAUCUUUCUUCAGACCUUGGCAUGAACAUUUUUAAGAAGUUCAAGAGCCGCAAAGAAGACCGAGAGAGGAAAGGCUCCAUCCCAUUCCACCACACAGGGAAGAGGAGGCCUCGAAGAAUGGGAGUGCCAUUCCUGCUUCACGAGGACCACCUGGAUGUAUCCCCCACCCGAAGCACAUUCUCCUUUGGAAGUUUCUCUGGGCUUGGAGAAGACAGGCGAGGCAUUGAAAAAGGAGGCUGGCAAACCACCAUUUUAGGGAAAUUUACCCGGCGGGGCAGUUCGGAUGCAGCCACGGAGAUGGAGAGCCUGAGUGCCAGGCACUCGCACUCCCACCACACCCUGGUGAGUGACCUGCCAGAUCACUCCAACAGCCACGGAGAAAACACUGUCAAGGAAGGUGGGUCGGAGGCGGCCCCUGCAGGUGGGAGUUCAGUGCGAUCCCAGAUCUCCACAAUCACAGUUGCAACCUUCAACACCACGCUGGCCUCGUUCAACGUAGGCUAUGCAGACUUUUUCAGUGAGCACAUGAGGAAGCUCUGCAACCAGGUGCCCAUCCCGGAGAUGCCGCACGAGCCCCUGGCGUGUGCAAACCUGCCCCGAAGCCUCACAGACUCCUGCAUCAACUAUAGCUACUUAGAGGACACGGAACAUAUCGAUGGGACCAAUAACUUUGUCCACAAGAAUGGCAUGCUGGAUCUUUCGGUGGUUCUGAAGGCUGUUUAUCUUGUCCUGAACCAUGACAUCAGUUCUCGCAUCUGUGAUGUGGCACUAAACAUUGUUGAAUGCUUGCUUCAACUUGGUGUGGUGCCUUGUGUAGAAAAGAACAGAAAGAAGAGUGAAAACAAGGAAAAUGAGACUAUGGAAAAAAGAGCCAGUGAGGGAACCUUCCAGUUCAAAGGUGUAUCUGGAAGUUCAGCCUGUGGAUUUGGGGGCCCUUCAGUUAGUGGAGCUGGAGAUGGUGGAGGAGAAGAAGGAGGAGCUGGAGAUGGCGGAGGUGGAGGAGGUGAUGGAGGCGGAGGUGGACCUUACGAGAAAAAUGAUAAGAACCAAGAGAAGGAUGGAAGCACACCUGUGAGCAACCAUAGGCUUGCUCUGACCAUGCUCAUCAAAAUAGUGAAGUCUUUGGGAUGUGCCUAUGGUUGCGGAGAAGGACAUCGAGGGCUCUCUGGAGAUCGUCUGAGACACCAGGUAUUCCGAGAGAAUGCCCAGAACUGCCUCACUAAGCUAUACAAGCUAGAUAAGAUGCAGUUCCGACAAACCAUGAGGGACUAUGUGAACAAGGACUCUCUCAAUAAUGUAGUGGACUUCUUGCAUGCUUUGCUAGGAUUUUGUAUGGAGCCGGUCACUGACAACAAGGCUGGGUUUGGAAAUAACUUCACCACGGUGGACAACAAAUCCACAGCCCAAAAUGUGGAAGGCAUCAUCGUCAGCGCCAUGUUUAAAUCCCUUAUCACACGCUGCGCUUCAACCACGCAUGAACUGCACAGCCCUGAGAAUCUGGGGCUCUAUUGUGACAUCCGUCAGCUGGUCCAAUUUAUCAAAGAGGCUCACGGGAAUGUCUUCAGGAGAGUGGCCCUCAGCGCUUUGCUUGACAGUGCUGAGAAGCUGGCACCAGGGAAAAAGGUGGAGGAGAAUGAAUCAGAAUCUAAGACUGCAGGCAGUAAAAGGUCAGAGGCAGGAAGCAUUGCGGAUAAAGGCCAGGUGUCCUCUGCACCUGAGGAAUGUCGCAGCUUCAUGUCUGGUCGCCCCUCACAGACUCCAGAGCACGAUGAACAAAUGCAAGGGGGCAACCUGGGGCGGAAGGAUUUCUGGCGCAAGAUGUUCAAAUCCCAGAGUGCAGCAAGUGACACCAGCAGCCAGUCUGAGCAGGAUACUUCAGAAUGCACCACUGCCCAUUCAGGGACCACAUCUGACCGUCGCACCCGCUCACGGUCCCGCAGAAUUUCCCUCCGGAAGAAACUUAAACUCCCCAUAGGUAAAAGAAACUGGCUGAAGCGGUCUUCCCUCUCGGGCCUAGCAGAUGGCGUGGAGGACCUUCUGGACAUCAGCUCCGUGGACCGCCUGUCCUUCAUCAGGCAAAGCUCCAAGGUCAAAUUUACCAGUGCAGUGAAACUUUCUGAAGGUGGGCCGGGGAGUGGAAUGGAAAAUGGAAGAGAUGAAGAGGAGAAUUUCUUCAAGCGUCUUGGUUGCCACAGUUUUGAUGACCAUCUGUCUUCCAACCAAGAUGGUGGAAAAAGCAAAAAUGUGGUGAAUCUUGGAGCAAUCCGACAAGGCAUGAAGCGCUUUCAAUUUCUGUUAAACUGCUGUGAGCCAGGGACAAUUCCUGAUGCAUCCAUCCUGGCAGCUGCAUUGGAUCUUGAAGCUCCCGUGGUAGCCAGAGCAGCUCUGUUCCUGGAAUGUGCCCGGUUUGUUCACCGCUGUAACCGGGGCAACUGGCCAGAGUGGAUGAAAGGGCAUCACGUGAAUAUCACCAAGAAAGGCCUUUCGAGGGGCCGCUCUCCCAUUGUGGGCAACAAAAGGAACCAGAAGCUGCAGUGGAAUGCUGCCAAGCUCUUCUACCAAUGGGGAGACGCGAUUGGUGUCCGGUUGAAUGAGCUGUGCCAUGGGGAAAGUGAGAGCCCUGCCAACCUGCUGGGUCUCAUUUAUGAUGAAGAGACCAAGAGGAGACUGAGAAAGGAGGAUGAGGAGGAAGACUUUUUAGAUGACAGUAAGGAGACUCCCUUUACUACAAGAGCCCCUGCUUGUACUGUGAACCCCUCUAAAUGUGGCUGCCCCUUUGCCUUGAAGAUGGCAGCGUGCCAGCUUCUCCUGGAGAUCACUACCUUCCUGCGAGAAACCUUUUCUUGCCUGCCCAGACCACGUACUGAGCCUCUGGUGGACUUGGAGAGCUGCAGACUUCGUUUGGAUCCUGAGUUGGACCGGCACAGAUAUGAGAGGAAGAUCAGCUUUGCUGGGGUCCUGGAUGAAAAUGAAGACUCAAAAGAUUCCCUCCACAGUAGUAGCCACACCCUCAAAUCAGAUACAGGGGCCGAGGAGAAGAAAGUUCCCAGCAGGAAGAUCAGGAUAGGAGGUUCCCGCCUGCUCCAGAUUAAAGGAACCCGCAGUUUCCAGGUGAAGAAGGGGGGUUCCUUGUCCAGCAUUCGCCGGGUCGGCAGCUUAAAGAGCAGCAAGUUACCACGGCAGGACUCAGAGUCCGAGGCUGAGGAGCUGCAGCUGUCCCAGAGCAGGGACACUGUCACUGACCUAGAAGGGAGUCCUUGGAGUGCAAGUGAGCCCAGCAUCGAGCCAGAGGGAAUGAGCACUGCUGGCACAGAAGAAAAUUACCACAGGAGCAUGUCAUGGCUUCAUGUCAUGAUCUUGCUGUGCAAUCAGCAGAGCUUCAUCUGCACCCACGUUGACUACUGCCACCCUCACUGUUACCUGCACCACAGCCGCUCCUGCGCCCGGCUGGUCAGGGCCAUCAAGCUGCUCUACGGAGACACCGUGGACUCCCUCCGGGAGAGCAACAGCAGCAGCAGUGUGGCUCUCCGGGGCAAGAAACAGAAAGAGUGCUCAGAGAAGUCAUGCCUGCGGACACCUUCUCUGAAGAAGAGAGUUUCAGAGGCCAACCUAGAAGGGAAAAAGGACUCAGGGAUGCUGAAAUACAUCAGACUGCAGGUGAUGAGCCUGUCGCCUGCUCCUUUAUCUCUGCUAAUCAAGGCAGCGCCAAUCCUCACAGAAGAGAUGUAUGGAGACAUCCAGCCGGCCGCCUGGGAGCUCCUGCUGAGCAUGGACGAGCACAUGGCAGGGGCGGCAGCUGCCAUGUUCCUGCUGUGUGCGGUGAAAGUCCCUGAGGCUGUGUCUGACAUGUUGAUGUCUGAGUUCCACCACCCAGAGACCGUGCAGAGGCUGAACGCCGUUCUCAAGUUCCACACACUCUGGAGGUUUCGUUACCAGGUCUGGCCCCGGAUGGAGGAAGGAGCACAGCAGAUUUUUAAGAUCCCGCCUCCCAGUAUAAACUUCACCCUGCCCUCACCAGUGCUUGGAAUGCCAUCUGUCCCAAUGUUUGACCCCCCUUGGGUCCCUCAGUGCAGCGGGAGUGUCCAGGACCCCAUUAAUGAAGACCAGUCUAAAUCCUUUUCAGCCCGGGCUGUGUCCCGCUCCCAUCAGAGAGCAGAACACAUCUUAAAGAACUUACAACAGGAAGAAGAGAAGAAACGUCUUGGUAGAGAAGCCAGCCUCAUCACCGCCAUCCCCAUCACCCAGGAGGCUUGCUAUGAGCCCACCUGCACCCCCAACUCAGAGCCAGAAGAAGAAGUAGAAGAAGUCACCAAUCUGGCAUCCCGUCGACUGUCUGUGAGUCCGUCCUGUACCUCCAGCACUUCCCACCGGAAUUACUCCUUCCGUCGAGGGUCAGUCUGGUCUGUGCGUUCAGCUGUUAGUGCUGAAGAUGAGGAACACACCACUGAACACACGCCAAACCACCAUGUGCCUCAGCCUCCACAAGCAGUGUUCCCGGCAUGCAUCUGUGCAGCAGUGCUCCCCAUCGUUCAUCUGAUGGAGGAUGGUGAGGUGCGAGAAGAUGGAGUAGCAGUGAGUGCUGUGGCCCAGCAAGUCUUAUGGAAUUGUCUAAUUGAAGAUCCAUCAACAGUUCUUCGACAUUUUCUGGAAAAACUGACCAUCAGCAAUAGACAAGAUGAGUUAAUAUACAUGCUGCGCAAACUUCUCUUAAACAUUGGGGACUUUCCUGCUCAGACGUCUCACAUCCUCUUCAACUACCUGGUGGGAUUAAUCAUGUACUUCGUGCGGACCCCCUGCGAGUGGGGGAUGGACGCCAUUUCGGCCACCCUGACUUUCCUGUGGGAGGUAGUGGGUUAUGUAGAGGGCUUGUUCUUCAAGGAUCUCAAACAGACCAUGAAGAAGGAGCAGUGUGAGGUAAAGCUCCUGGUGACUGCCUCCAUGCCAGGUACCAAAACCUUGGUAGUUCAUGGGCAGAAUGAGUGUGAUAUCCCAACCCAGUUACCAGUCCAUGAAGACACUCAGUUCGAAGCCCUGCUCAAGGAGUGUCUGGAGUUUUUUAAUAUCCCAGAAUCUCAGUCAACCCAUUAUUUUCUCAUGGAUAAACGAUGGAAUCUUAUCCACUACAAUAAGACAUAUGUUCGUGAUAUUUAUCCUUUCCGGAGAUCGGUGUCUCCGCAGCUGAACCUUGUACAUAUGCAUCCAGAGAAAGGACAGGAGCUCAUUCAGAAACAGGUGUUCACUCGGAAGCUGGAGGAAGUCGGGCGGGUUUUGUUUCUCAUCUCGCUGACGCAGAAGAUCCCCACAGCCCACAAACAGUCCCAUGUCUCCAUGCUCCAGGAAGACCUCCUCCGACUACCCUCAUUCCCCCGGAGUGCUAUUGACGCUGAAUUUUCACUCUUCAGUGAUCCACAAGAGUCGAAUCAAGGAGGUGAUGAUGGAAGUCCUUUGAGAACCAGGGAGUGUGAUACCAGCGGCCGCGACGUGUGCUGGAAGCAUUUCCGCUGUACAUCUUCACGUCCCAGAGUUGGACCAACUGGCAAGGAGCUGUUUGGCCUCGACACUCUUCAGAAAAGCUUGUGGAUCCAGCUCCUGGAGGAGAUGUUCCUGGGCAUGCCAAGCGAGUUUCCCUGGGGAGAUGAAAUCAUGCUCUUCCUCAACGUCUUUAACGGGGCUCUGAUCCUCCACCCAGAAGACAGCGCCCUGCUCAGGCAGUACGCUGCCACCGUCAUCAACAGCGCUGUGCACUUCAACCACCUUUUCUCUCUCAGUGGCUACCAGUGGAUUCUGCCCACCAUGCUGCAGGUAUACUCCGAUUAUGAAAGCAAUCCCCAGUUGCGUCAAGCCAUCGAAUUUGCCUGCCACCAGUUCUACAUUCUACACCGGAAGCCAUUUGUGCUCCAGCUGUUUGCUAGUGUGGCCCCUCUCCUGGAGUUUCCUGAUGCUGCCAAUAACGGGCCCAGCAAAGGUGUGUCAGCUCAGUGCCUGUUUGACCUGCUGCAGUCCCUGGAGGGGGAGACCACUGACAUAUUAGACAUCUUAGAGCUGGUCAAAGCUGAGAAGCCUCUUAAGUCAUUAGAUUUCUGCUACGGAAACGAAGACCUGACAUUCUCUAUAAGUGAGGCCAUUAAGCUCUGUGUGACCGUGGUAGCGUAUGCUCCUGAGUCAUUCAGAAGUCUUCAGAUGCUGAUGGUCUUGGAAGCUCUAGUCCCCUGCUACCUACAAAAGCUAAAGAGGCAGACGUCCCAAGUGGAGACGGUGCCUGCUGCCCGAGAGGAGAUCGCUGCCACAGCUGCUCUUGCGACAUCCCUGCAGGCCCUUCUGUACAGUGUGGAGGUCCUCACCAGGCCCAUGACAGCCCCGCAAAUGAGCAGGUGUGACCAAGGUCAUAAGGGAACCACCACAGCCAAUCACACCAUGUCGUCUGGGGUGAACACCAGGUACCAGGAACAAGGCGCCAAACUGCACUUUAUAAGGGAAAAUCUUCACUUACUGGAGGAAGGGCAAGGCCUUCCCAGAGAGGAACUGGAUGAACGAAUUGCUCGGGAGGAGUUCAGAAGACCUCGGGAGUCCCUGCUGAAUAUUUGUACCGAAUUUUACAAGCACUGUGGGCCAAGGCUGAAGAUCUUGCAAAACCUGGCUGGGGAGCCGCGGGUCACCGCCCUGGAGUUGCUGGAUGUGAAGUCACACAUGAGGUUGGCAGAAAUUGCACACUCCCUUCUGAAGCUGGCGCCAUACGACACCCAGACGAUGGAGAGCCGUGGGCUUCGGCGCUAUGUCAUGGAGAUGCUACCCAUUACCGACUGGACAGCCGAGGCAGUGAGGCCAGCGCUUAUCCUCAUUUUGAAGAGAUUGGAUAGAAUGUUCAACAAAAUUCAUAAGAUGCCUACUUUGAGGCGACAGGUUGAGUGGGAGCCUGCCAGCAAUUUGAUUGAAGGGGUUUGUUUGACACUUCAGAGGCAGCCAAUCAUAUCCUUCCUGCCUCACCUUAGGUCACUGAUCAAUGUCUGUGUCAAUCUGGUGAUGGGAGUGGUAGGACCUUCCAGUGUUGCUGAUGGAUUACCCCUUCUUCAUCUCAGCCCUUAUCUCUCACCACCUCUGCCCUUCAGCACAGCUGUUGUCCGGCUUGUAGCAUUGCAGAUACAGGCUUUAAAAGAAGAUUUUCCUUUAAGCCAUGUGAUCUCCCCAUUCACCAAUCAAGAGCGAAGGGAGGGGAUGCUUUUAAAUCUACUCAUCCCAUUUGUGCUCACAGUAGGAUCUGGAAGCAAAGACAGCCCAUGGCUCGAGCAGCCCGAGGUGCAGCUGCUGCUGCAGACGGUCAUUAACGUGCUCCUGCCGCCGCGGAUCAUCAGCACGUCCAGGAGCAAGAACUUCAUGCUGGAGAGCUCGCCCGCCCACUGCUCCACGCCCGGGGAUGCGGGCAAAGACUUACGCAGGGAGGGGCUGGCCGAGUCCACCAGCCAAGCAGCAUACUUGGCGCUGAAGGUGAUUCUCGUCUGCUUUGAGAGGCAGCUGGGAAGCCAGUGGUACUGGCUGAGCCUGCAGGUGAAGGAGAUGGCUCUGCGCAAGGUGGGAGGCCUGGCCCUGUGGGACUUCCUCGACUUCAUCGUGCGGACCCGGAUCCCCAUCUUCGUGCUCUUGCGCCCGUUCAUCCAGUGCAAGCUUCUGGCCCAACCAGCAGAAAAUCACGAAGAGCUCUCUGCCCGGCAGCACCUCGCUGACCAGCUGGAGCGGCGCUUCAUCCCCCGCCCGCUGUGCAAGAGCUCCCUCAUUGCCGAGUUCAACAGUGAGCUAAAGAUUCUGAAAGAGGCAGUGCAUAGUGGCUCAGCCUACCAAGGGAAGACGUCCAUCAGUACUGUGGGCACGUCCACCUCCGCGUACCGCCUGAGCCUGGCCACCAUGUCCCGCUCCAACACGGGCACUGGCACCGUCUGGGAGCAGGACAGUGAGCCCUCCCAGCAGGCUUCACAGGACACCCUGAGUAGGACUGAUGAGGAAGAUGAGGAAAAUGACUCUGUAAGCAUGCCCAGUGUGGUAAGUGAACAAGAAGCUUACCUCCUGAGCGCCAUCGGAAGGAGACGGUUCUCCAGCCACAUCUCUAGCAUGUCGGCACCUCAGGCUGAGGUGGGCAUGUUACCCAGCCAAAGUGAACCUAAUGUCCUCGAUGACUCCCAGGGCCUGGCCGCCGAGGGCAGCCUCUCUAGGGUGGCAAGUGUCCAGAGCGAACCUGGCCAACAGAGCCUCCUCAUUCAGCAGCCGCUGGGGAGGAAGAGGGGCCUGAGGCAGCUAAGACGUCCUCUACUAUCACGUCAGAAGACGCAGACAGAACCCAAAAACCGCCACGGGGCUCGGCUGUCAACCACUCGCAGGAGUAUUCAACCUAAAACGAAGCCAUCUGUGGAUCAAAAACGUUCUGUGACCUUCAUUGAGGCUCAGCCAGAGCCAGUCGCUGCCCCACCAGAAACACUGCCCGCCACCGGCCAGCCACAAGGCUGCAGUCCAGCCCCAGCUAAGAAGCCAGAAAGAACGGGCAAACCAGUGCUCACGUCUUCCCCUGCCAUCGUAGUUGCUGAUCUUCACAGCCUGUCUCCCAGGCAGAGUGAGCCCCUCCCCGCUGAAGAAGGAGAAAAGAAGGAGGACGCAGAAGUGCAAGGUGCUCCAGCACACGGCCCCCUCUCUACGCAACUCUCAGACCCUGAUGAAUUCACAGGCCUUGAGACAUCCAUCCUCCUACAGCAUGGAGACACCGUCCUUCACAUCAGCGAGGAACACGGCACGGAGAACCCCCUGCUAUCCAGCCAGUUCACUCUUACGCCCACCAAGCUGGGGGAGACUGACGGAGACCUAGAUGAGUCUCCUGUUUAAUUUCAUAUCUUGUUGAGAGUAGCAGGUGUAGACAAGAUGUGGGAGGGAUCGCUUUGCUAAAAGGUGAAUACUUUUGCUUGGAAAAGAUGAAAACACAGCACUUUACAUCCAACGGGUGACACAAAUCUCAGUAGAUUUUGCUGCUAAUGCGCACGUUGUUUCAUAAACGUCUUUAAAAAAAUCAAUGGCUAAGAUAAUUUGGUUGUGUGGAGACCAUAAAAACCAGGGAAGAAUAAGAGGAAAGAGCCAUUUUACUGCACAUUGUUUAUGAUUCAAGACGCCUUGAGCAGUUAGAAAUAUAUACUAUUAUGGAGCUGCUUACCUAGGAAUAUUAACAGAUAAUAUGUUCUAAAAAGAGAAUGAAAUUUUUGAGAUUACUCACAUUAUACAUCUCAUGCAAAUGUUUAUUUUUAUAGUUUCAAAAAUAUUAAAUCAGGUGGCUGUAUGAGUAGCAAUUUACAUAAAAAUAAUCAAUAAGGAAAAUAUUAGUUUGAGGAGACAAAUAAGCCUGCAGCCAUUUUUGCUUUGAUCAACAAUACAGCCAUUUACAAGAAGAAAAAAAUACUAUUUUUAAAGCCGUGGAUUUUUCAAUAUUUAUUUUUCAACCGUCAUUUACCUUGCAUGUUGUAAAUCAAAAUGCUAGUGCCCUAAGAUCAUUCCAUUUCAUAACCACAUUACAGAGAAAAUAUUCUAAAAAUUAUCAGACAUAAUUUUGAAUUAAGGACCUAAACAGCCUAUACUAUGAUAAAAACUAAAUGUAAAUAUAAUAGCUAGAAAGAGAUGGUAUUCCUACUUCUAGCCAUGACCACGUCAAUGCCAAGAUUAGGAGAUAUUGGAAGAUGUGAUUACAGUAUCCUGUGCCUGCCCUUGAGGGCAUAUUUUCAGAUAUUAAGGUUAUUGUUAGAAUUGGUUCAACAAGAUAACUUUUUCUCAAUGUUAACAAUUUUCCUAUGAUCCUUUAGACAUCUACGUUUAUGAGGAAAAAUUAUAAGGUGAGCAAUCUCUUCAUAGACAAAGUCAGCUUGUGUAUUUUACUUUAACUUGAAGUUCAGUUACUUCAAGAAAAGCAUAAAACUUAAGAGGGCUCAUGAGGCCAUAUCUCGUGUCUUACUGAUCCCGUAGUAGGGCUUGGCAUCCUAUAGUUCAAAACUGAGUUUCAGAAUUUUAACAGUUACGUUAGAAAACUGUUACAUAACUAUUAAACAUAUAAAAACUCAUAUGUGUACCUAAAUUGGUGUGUGGUGUGUGUGUGUGUGAGCGUGUGUGCAUUUUUCUAGUCCUCCGAUUAAAGUUACAGAUUUUGAUUACAUUGCAACGAAUUGACAACACAUUCUGUAUGCUUCGACUUCAACUACGUUGGGAAUGAAAAGUAUGUUUAUAUAGAGAGGACACCUGCUAAAGUCACCCGAAUCACAAAGGAAAAUUAUUUUUUUCUGUUAGAAUUGCUUAUUAAAUAGGCAUUGCUUAUGUUGUGAUUUAUACUCUCAAAUAGAAUUUGGGGUUUGGGUCCCAUUUACUAAGAGAAUGAACGAUAUCUGUGAAUUAAAGAUAAUGGACAAAAUGAAAAAUUUCAAAUCUAAAACGAGAAAACAGAGGUGGUAUAUGGCCUCUUUUAACGUUUUACAAAAUUUUCAGAACAUUUACUUAAUGCCGAAUUAAUUCUCAAGUGCGGAAAUAUACAUAUAAAGUGGUUUUAUGAUUCUUUCUAAGCUGAUGUAUUUUGCCUGUUAAAAAUUAUGCUGCUCAAUUAGCGUUAGAGGCCUUAUGUUUGGUAAUUACAAGUGUCUGGGCUGUAGGAGUCUAUAUAUUUGUGUGCACUUUGUUCCAGUUUUUUGAUUCUUGAUCCCAAUUCUCCACGUAUAAUUGUAUCAAAUACUUAAAAAGUAAAGGGGUCAAAGAAGAUUGUUGAAUAUCUGAGAAUUCGAAAUACCUUUAUAUGUACUUAAAAAGUACCGGGCUGUUUUGAACAUGAUGAUACUGGCAUGUCUGCCUUUCAGCCUGACUCCUUCACUCUAGUGUUAUGGAAGUCUGUUGGAAACUUUUUUAAUAAGCUAAGUAUUGUUGUACCGUGCAAAAAAGCCUCCACUCUGAGAAAUAGGGCCUUAUAGAGUGGGAAUGUUUUCAUACUGAGACUACUGAGGUUUUGCAGAUGUGUGCAUCUGUUCUAUUUAAGGUGCCCUUAAAUGUGUUGAAUGUAAUGUGUUGAAUGUUUAUGUGUAAUUGAUAAAGUAUUUAUAUGUAUGUGCAUAAGAUUGUCUCAAGAUGUAUUCUCAGGAGUACUGUUACCUGGAGUUUGAAAGAAUAACUAUUUAAAAAAAAAAACAGUUGGGGAAGAUCAGAAAAAAGUUCAAGAUAACAAUUUUUUGUAAUCAAAAUAUUAUUGAGUGACUAAAAAUUAUUAUAUAUGAUAAAUACAGAUUGGUCAUACUAGAUUAUUUCUUAAGCUAUGAUGCUUAAUGAUAUUUAUCUUGUUUAAAGGAAAACCAAAACAGGUACCUACUUCCCAUGUAUAAAAAAUUGGACUCAACCAAGAGGUUGCUUCUUCUGAAAUUGACUUUUGAGAGACCUUGGAAUAAACAUGUAUCAUCCGUUAUAGUGAGUGUAGAUUUAUACCACUUGGAUUCAAUUAAAAGCAGUUCAAAUCCUGGAUACAGCAUUUUCUAUAGCAAAACAUUUUACUUUCAUUUUUCAGUAUUUGCUGCUUUUUAUAAUUCUAUUAGAUAAGUUAUUUGAUUUUUCCAAAAAGGAAACUGAGUUAUUGAGUGCAUUGGGACAAGUCAUUGAGAACCACAGUAUCAAAAGGCAUAAUUGGGCAUGACAAUGGUGAAGGAAAAAAAAAAAUGUGGUGUUUGGAUGUCUGGUUAGGGCCUGUUACACAGGGUGGGAAUAACUGGCUUGCUCUUUCAAGCCCUCAAGAGAACGUUAGGCAGCGUGACAUCUCCUCCCUUCUGUAGUAUCUGUCCCUUUAGCCAAUGAAGAACAUUCUUCAGUCUGCUGCCUAGCUCUAAGACCAUCUAAGAUGAGACUAUGGUGUUUAUAGGGACCAAUAGGGGAAAAAAUGGUGAUAAAUGGAAUUACAGUCCAAAAUGCAAACUAAAUACCCUUCCUCAAGUUAUACGGGAUACUUUAAAUCUCUGGAAUUUGCUGCUAUCACACCGAGUUAUGCUGUUGCCCUGUGACCUCACACUUCCAAUUCCAUGGCCUUGUCUUGGCAGUGAGUAGAGAGUCCCACUUCCUCAUUUACUUUAGUGGGUCUCAACUGCAGCAUUUCAGAAACAAAGUUUGGUUUGACACUCAGGACAAUAAAAACAAGGGCAGAAUGUAUUUGGAAAAGCUUAAGACAAAUUUACUUAGAUUAUUUCAGGAUCAUUUAGCAUUAACAGAUCAAUGUACCUCCAUAAUAUUUUUCAAUAGUCACUGUGACUGCAGGAUGAAAAUCCUUUAUUAGCCAUUUUAUAGGUAAAAACAAAAGAUUGAUUACACAGCCAACUUCCCUCAGAUGACUUUGAAGUCUGUUAUGAAUACUGAAUGACCAAAGAGCAUGGAAAAAAAUGCAUAUGAAUAAAUACUGAAAUGUUUAUGAAAGAUAUUUAUGAAAGAUAUUAAGACCUCUGUGUUUGAAUAUGCACAUAUAAUAAAA